GGUUUAGGGUGUGAUGAUUAUGAAGCGUUCUAUUCGUUGAUGGUCUCGAGCGCACUGUAUGCAGCGACCUCAUUAAAAUUGAAUGCUAGCAGUCGUUCUGGAUUACGGCUGGCACUGAGUGUUCUUUUUGAUAUCAAUGUCUACUACUGUCACAUGAUAUUUUACCUAGCGCGUACAGCCCGUACACUUGCUCACGACCGUUUAAGGUCCUUCACUACAGUGCCAGGUCAUAUGUUUAGGCACACAUAUAUCACUGCUCUAGCCCCACUCUUUCUCGCUCAACACCACUGUAAGAAUUGCCCUAGCUAGCAGGUAUUAGCUUUGCUAAAAGGUAGUCUAAUUUCCAC